AUGAACACAAUGUCUCACCUGUAUCCGGUCACCGAAAAGGGAACCCGGAAGCCGAAAUGCGCACGCUGCCGGAACCAUGGACUGGUCUCCUGGCUGAAGGGCCACAAGCGUCACUGCGAGUUCAAAGACUGCACGUGUGCAAAGUGCAAUUUGAUCGCUGAGCGGCAGCGCGUCAUGGCCGCUCAGGUUGCGCUCAAGCGGCAACAGGCGACGGAAGACGCCAUUGCGCUAGGAAUCCGCGCUUGCUCCGGAGACCCACACAUCCCAAUCAUGACCCAGGGGCCACUCUGGGGCCCGGGGACGGUGAUGCCUCCGGAGAGCCAACAGGAGCGCGAGGAAAGAUUUAAGAGAGAGCAGAUGGCAAUGACACAGACAAAAGAUGCUGACUCGGAUGAUGACAUUGAAGACGACAUCAGCGUUUCUGAUGAAGAUUCAAAAUUUCCAAGACCGGAAGAAGCCCAAAAACGCCUGUUACCGCCUUCUCCAACACCGACAGAAAAAAUAGGAAGCAAAUCUGAGGCAAACCCAUUUGACCGAAAUACCGGCAACCCUAUUCCAAAAUCAGGGCCAUUCAAACCAGCAGCCUUUACACCCGGGCGGCUGUCUAAUGUUGACAUUUUGGAACGCGUGUUUCCGCUUCACCGCAAGUCAGUGUUGGAACUCGUUCUUCAGGGCUGCAACGGAGACCUUGUUAAAGCUAUUGAACAGUUUCUUUCCGCUCAGGAUACCAUAGACGCUCACGGCAAAAGCGACACACCAUCUAAAACGUCGCCUCGCUAUCACCCAUAUUCCGCUCCGUCAAACUGGAUCCAGGGAUCCAGCACGCAUUAUAGUCCGUCCGCCUCUACCGCUUUAGAUCUGAAAUCCGCAUUCAAACCUCUCCCGAUGCCACAAAUCUCUGGCCUCCAUUCGGCGUUCCUUCCGGGCUAUACAUCACUGUCGUCUGCAAGUUCAUUUCCUGCUUCAUUCGCUGCAGGACAAUAUUCAUCUCCAAACUUCAGACUUCCGCUUCCGCACGCGACAUACCCCGGUCUCCAUAGUUACGGCGGACUUUUUGGUUCCCCGUUUUCAAUUCUACCAUACAGAGCAGGGGAACCAAGGGACCUUUCGAAAGUGACGGAAAGAGAACCAGUGUCUCCGUUGACCAAAAAACAGUGA